GUCAACGGCCGGGAGGGGAGGUAGUUUUCAGCGGCUUUUUUAAAAAAUGUAUUUUUGUCACAUUCCUUCAGCUAAAUUUUCAAUUUAACGUAUGUGCGAGUGUGGUGGGAAGCUUUAUGUGGAUUUGAAAGGUUUCAGUUUGUAGUAUACUGAAAUUUAUACGGUAGUUUACAUCUAACAAAAAUUGAGAAAGCCUCUAACCAGAAAAAAUCUUAACCAUGCCGUCUCUCUAUUGGAAAUGAACAGAUAAAACGGCCGAAGCGAGGCCCGCACAUAUGCGUACAAGUAGUGAAAUGUGUUUGUGUGCGUGUGAUUAAUAAAAUGGCAAAAAUUGUGAAGUAACGAAUUUGUGCUCAAAAGUGACGACGCCGACUUUUCGUAUUAAUUGUGGGAUUAGACAGUUCAACGACAACCUUUACGGCGUGAAUUAGUGAGAGGUGCAUGCUGGAUGUUUUAGUUCUGCAGCUUUAGACAUAGACAUUUUUUGCUGGACUGCCGUUCGUCUCAAGAUCUGAGGUGAUUGGUGGUGACAGCUGAAACCGACUCGUGAACUGGAAUUUUCCGGAGACGACAGCGGCCUCUCAGCCUCCCGAGGAGAGACUGGAGUAAACUAAGUCCUAUGACGUGACGCACGCUGUGAAGAUGAGAGCGCUGCUAGCGGUCCUGGGCGUGGGGCUGUUUCUGGGGCUAGGCGGCGCCGCGGCCAACAUCGUGUGCACCUUCAGCGACGACGCGACCGAGCGCUUCAACCACCUUGUCGUCGACAAGAACACGGGCCGCGUUUUCGUGGGCGCCGUCAACCGGCUGUACCAGUUGUCGCCCGACCUGCAGCUCGUCAUGAAGGACGUGACGGGCCCGCAGGAGGACUCGCCCGAGUGCUCCGUGCUAGACUGCCCGCCCACCGUCGUCAAGAAGCUCACCGACAACGUGAACAAGGCGCUCGUCAUCGACUACACGACGACGCGCCUCGUCGUGUGCGGCAGCAUCUUCCAGGGCAUCUGCUCCGUGCGCAACCUGCACAACAUCUCGGACGUCUCGCAGGUGGUGCGCGAGGCGGUCGUCGCCAACAACUCGACGGCGUCGACGGUGGCGUUCAUCGCGCCGGGGCCCCCGAACCCUCCGGUGACGCAAGUUAUGUACGUGGGCGUCACCUACACCGGCAACUCGCCGUACCGGUCCGAGGUGCCAGCCGUGUCGUCGCGCAGCCUCGACCGCGAUAAGAUGUUCAUGAUCGCCGAGACGGCCGUCACGACGGGCACGCGCAUGUUCGUCAACUCGCUGGCGCGCGAGCGCUACCCCAUCCACUACGUGUACGGCUUCAGCUCGGAGGGCUUCAGCUACUUCCUCACGACGCAGAUGAAGCACACGUCGCCGUCGCCUUUCAUCUCCAAGCUGGUGCGCGUCUGCCACGACGACGAGAACUACUACUCGUACACAGAGAUCCCCAUCGACUGCAUCAGCGAGGGCGGCAGGCCGUACAAUCUGGUGCAGGCCGCGUACGUGGGCAAGCCCGGCUCCGACCUGGCCUCUGACCUGGGCAUCAACGCGCAGGACGACGUGCUGUUCGCCGUCUUCUCCGAGAGCGACCACAGCGAGGGCGAAGUCUCCAGCAAGCCCGCCGAUUCCAGCGCGCUCUGCGUCUACUCGCUCAAGGCCAUCCGCCGCAAGUUCAUGCAGAACAUCAAGAAGUGCUUCAGCGGCAGCGGAAGUCGCGGGCUCGACUUCAUCUCUCCCAGUCACCAGUGCGUCCUAACGAAGCUGCAGACCAUCGGCGAGGACUUCUGCGGGCUGGACGUGAACACGCCGCUGGGCGGCGAGAUGCCCAUCGCAGCAGUGCCAGUCCUCAUCUUCGGAUCGCACCUCACGGCCGUCGCCGCCACAUCCACCGGCGACUACACCGUCGUCUUCCUCGGCACAGCCAACGGCCACCUCAAGAAGGUGGUGGUGGAGAGCUCCAGCACGGCUCUGGAGUACGGAGACCUGGCCGUCGACGAGCACUCGCCGGUCAACCCAGACUUACAUUUCGACGCGCAGCAGAUGCACCUCUACGUAAUGACCGAGAAGAAGGUGUCCAAAGUGAAAGUGCAGUCGUGCAGUGUUUACAAGACUUGCUGGGACUGUUUAGGUGCCAAGGAUCCAUACUGUGGCUGGUGCUCUCUUGAAAAUAAAUGUAGCCUCCGCAGUGAUUGCCAGGAUGCUGCCAAAGACCCACUGUACUGGAUUUCCUAUAAGAGUGGACGUUGUACAACUAUCACAACUGUGACCCCAAACCAGCUUCAGCGAACCACAGCUAGAACGCUGGAACUCGUAAUUGAAAACCUGCCAACACUUUCUGGCCAGUUCCUGUGUGCAUUCACUGCACUGGAUAAGACACUAAUAACAAAUGCGACUCGUAAACCUUAUGGUGUGAACUGCACAACACCGAGGACAGAUCUUCUUCCUUCAAUACCUCAGGGACAACAUCAUUUCACGGCAAAACUAUCUGUACGAAUGACAUCUGGACCAGAUUUUGUUGCAACCAACUUCACGUUUUUUGACUGCAACACAUACAGCUCGUGCACACAAUGUGUUUCAUCAUCAUUCCCUUGUGAUUGGUGCGUAGAUGGCCAUCGCUGCACACAUGACACUGCAGAAAACUGCCGCAAUGACAUCCUAGUAACUGGUGUCAGUCGAAUUGGUCCAAGCUACCGAAGUGGUCCUGGCUUCUGUCCCACAAUUAAUGCUACUGCUGGUGGAUCCACAGAAAUUCUUGUAUCAUCUGGUAUCAAGAAAAGCAUAAGAGUCAAAGUUCAUAUUAUUGGGCAAUUUAUUGUGCAGACCCGCUUUAUGUGUCAAUUCAACAUUGAAGGCCGUGUGACAAGUGUGAACGCUCAGCUGCUGGGUGACACCAUAUACUGUGAUAUGAUGGAAUUUUCAUAUACAUCACGGGCUCCAAAUAUAACUGCUACAUUUGCUGUUAUUUGGGGAGGCUCAAAGCCACUGGACAAUCCUGACAAUAUACAUGUGGUUAUCUACCGAUGUCGUGACAUGGCAGACAACUGUGGUAUGUGCCUAGCAUUGGCAGAGAAGUACAGUUGUGGGUGGUGCCAAGUAUCAGAUCGCUGUGAAGUAAAAGAGCAAUGUGACCAAGGAUCUGGUGUCUGGCUGAAUCGCAAUCAGACCUGCCCAAAUCCUGAAGUAACAGAUUUUGAACCACAGCUGGGUCCCUGGGAAGGUGGAACAAAUAUAACCAUCUAUGGAAUAAACUUGGGAAAGACAUUUGCAGAUAUAUAUGGUGGUGUGAGUGUAGCUGGAAUUCAGUGUGAACCCUAUGAGCAGUUAUACAUAAAGACAAAGCAGAUUGUGUGUCGUGUGGAUGGUCCAGGGACAAAUGAGCCAAGGCGUGGUCCAGUUAUUGUGAGGGUUGAGGACUUUCGUGGAGAAUCAAAACACAAUUAUGAAUUUGUGGAUCCUUUGAUAGAAGCUAUUACACCAAAAUAUGGUCCACGGUCUGGUGGUACAGUGCUGAAGAUAUCUGGCCGCUUCAUGAAUGCUGGAAGCCGAAUCUUGGCUUUUAUUGAUGAUUUGCCAUGUGAAAUAACUGAGACAAAGCCAGAUGAAGCCCUGUGUAUUACAAGCACAUCAGAUAGGCAGAGAAGUGGGAAAUUGCGAAUGAAGUUUGACAAGGGCGACAGAAUUUUUGACAAAGAACUGUUUGAGUAUGUGGAAGACCCCACUAUUGAAAGUGUUGAAUCUGGUGUUGCAGGACAGAUAAAAAUUCCCAAGGGCAUUCCAGCCGGAGGCAUAAGAAUAUCAGUAUCUGGGAAGAACCUAGCUUACAUACAGAAUCCACAGAUGUAUGUCUAUUAUGGUGACAAAAUGUUUGAGAGUAAAUGUGUUGUGCAAAGCAACUCAAAUAUGGCAUGCUCAUCACCAACGAUUGAAGUAACCAGUGAGCCAGAUGCAGAACACCCUCUCACUCUAGAAUAUGGAUUUCUGAUGGAUAAUGUAACUGGUGUUCGUAACCUUUCAGUAAAGCCUGGAUACAGUCAUUUCUUAUUGUAUCCCAAUCCAAUUUAUGAACCAUUUGACGAGGAAGUGAAGUACUACAAGAGUGAUUACUUGACAAUCAAUGGUCAACAUUUGGACAGAGCCUGCCAAGAAUCUGAUGUUGUGGUCCAAAUAGGCAAAAGUUUUUGUAAUGUAACUUCACUUUCUCGUCAGCAGUUGACUUGUAGGCCUCCAGUUACUCAGCCACCAGCACUGGAUGAUGAUGGCCGCCCAAACACACAAGAGUUACCUGAAGUAGUGGUAAUUGUUGGUGGUAAACUCAAAUACGUUAUUGGAAAAUUGAGCUAUGCUUCUCCGAGUGCUAUUAAUGGUCCGCUAUCAAAACCAGCUUUGUUAGGAAUAAUUAUUGCUAUUGUUGUAUUGUCUCUUGUUUUUAUUGGAUUUUUAAUUGCAUAUCGUCGUAAAUCAACUGAAAGUAAUCGUGUACUGAAAAACAUGCAAGAACAGAUGGAUAUUCUAGAACUUCGUGUUGCAGCAGAAUGCAAAGAAGCAUUUGCCGAGCUGCAGACAGAGAUGACUGACCUCACAGGUGAUCUAACAUCUGGUGGUAUUCCAUUCCUGGACUAUCGAACAUAUGCAAUGAAAAUAUUAUUCCCUAAUAUGGAUGACCAUGCUGUCUUGCAGUGGGAACGGCCAGAGUUACUACGAAAAGAAAAGGGUCUUAGAUUGUUUGGUCAGCUUAUAAUGAAUAAAACAUUCCUGUUACUUUUCAUUAGGACACUGGAAAGCAAUCGAUACUUCUCAAUGAGGGACAGAGUAAAUGUUGCAUCAUUGAUAAUGGUUACUUUACAAAGCAAAAUGGAAUACUGCACUGAUAUUUUGAAAACCUUGCUGGCUGAACUUAUUGAGAAGUGCAUGGAAGGAAAGAGCCAUCCAAAGUUACUGCUCAGAAGGACUGAAAGUGUAGCAGAAAAGAUGCUGUCAGCAUGGUUUACUUUCCUCUUAUACAAGUUUUUGCGUGAGUGUGCUGGUGAACCUCUUUUCAUGCUAUUUCGGGCAAUGAAACAGCAAGUGGAUAAGGGACCUGUUGAUGCCAUAACAUCAGAAGCUAGAUAUUCUUUAAGUGAAGAGAAACUUAUACGGCAGUCUAUUGACUUCAAACCUAUGACUGUGUAUGUGUCCAUUUCACAACAAGCAGUAUUUGUUGGAGGACUUGAUCCAAAUACUGAAAAUGUACCUGUUAAGGUCUUAGACUGUGAUACAAUCUCUCAAGUCAAAGAGAAAUCCUUAGACACAAUUUACCGUGCCACGCCAUACAGCCAGAGACCAAAGAAGGAUGAUCUGGAUCUGGAAUGGAGGACUGGCACAUCUGGAAGACUGAUAUUGUAUGAUGAAGAUAGUACUACAAAGACAGAAGGGGAAUGGAAGAAGAGGAAUACAUUGAAUCAUUACAGGGUACCUGAUGGUGCAUCACUGAGUCUGGUUUCAAAGCAAUCGUCCAUAUAUAAUCUGUCUAUUCUUUCUGAGAAGACAGACAAGUCUCAUAAAUAUGAGACACUUAAUCUGUCCAAAUUCAGUUCAGCCAGUCCUCCUUUAAGUCGUGCAACAUCACCAUUGAAUCAUGACCAUGAUGGAGGGGUCAAGGUGUGGCAUCUGGUUAAACAUCAUGAUUCAGAUGCACAGAAAGAAGGUGAACGUGGCAAUAAAAUGGUUUCUGAAAUCUAUCUCACCAGGUUACUUGCUACAAAAGGUACACUGCAGAAAUUUGUGGAUGACUUGUUUGAGACAAUCUUUAGCACAGCACACCGGGGGAGUGCACUCCCAUUGGCCAUUAAAUAUAUGUUCGACUUUCUAGAUGACCAAGCAUUACAGCAUGGUAUUUCUGAUCCUGAGGUUGUACACACAUGGAAGAGCAAUAGUUUGCCUCUUCGCUUUUGGGUUAAUUUAAUCAAGAAUCCAAAUUUUGUAUUUGAUAUACACAAGUCAAAUAUCGUGGACUCCUGCCUUUCUGUUGUAGCUCAGACAUUUAUGGAUUCCUGCUCUACAUCAGACCAUAGACUAGGAAAGGAUUCACCUAGUUCUAAGUUACUUUAUGCCAAGGACAUUCCUGUGUACAAAGAAUGGGUAGAGAGAUACUAUGCAGAUAUUAAAAUGAUGCCUGCCAUAUCAGACCAAGAUAUGAAUGCAAUGCUUGCAGAGGAGUCUCGGCUCCACACAUCAGAGUUCAAUACAAAUUGUGCACUACAUGAGCUCUACACAUAUGCAAUGAAGUACAAUGAACAAUUGACUGUAACACUGGAGGAAGAUGAAUUUUCUCAGAAACAAAGACUGGCAUAUAAAUUAGAGCAAGUGCACAACAUAAUGGCAGCUGAAUCGAAUCCGUGAUGGCAGGCAGCCGGGCCAGACUCGAACUCUGCUUUUGAGGUCCGGUGUUAACCUGUCUGUGAGUGACAAUGUGCGAGUGUGAACUGGUCCAUUUUUGUGGGAAGAGACAAUGCUCGACUGAACAACCACUCACGUCCCAGGAAAGAUCCAUCCAAUGUGAAGUAAUUAAAUUGACUGGAUCAUAAGUGCAAAGAUUCCUCUUAUCACUCUCUUUGCUCAGUGUCCAGUCAGUACGAGAAUUGUAGUGUACAGACAGUCUCGCUGAGUUUCUGCGGUGGGAUGUGCCUACGAGGAGAUGCAAAUUAGAACUUUUCCCUGAAGUGCCUCCAGUAGAAACAGACUGUAUAAAAAUGGAAAGCACACUCUGUAAACUGCAGUUAAUAUGCAGUACUUAUCAUACUGUUGGGCAAUGUGGAAGAGGGAGAUGAUAAAUUAAAAAAAGAAAACUAAAAAAAGAACAAAAAAAACUGAGAGUGCAAUUCAGUGUUUAAUAAAAUGAAACUGUCAAUCAGCUGUGUUUACUGUAUCACAUAAAAUAUUAAGAGAGAUACAGUUUAUUCUCCAUCUCAUUCUCAAUUUAGGCACACAAUUUUCUGGUUGCUUGGUUUUCUUCUGUGCAGCAGUUUUACACCAAUAUAAUUGUUUUCCUAUUUGACGAUGUAUUCAAAUGAUUUGAAGGUCUUCCAUGUUUCCUUCUUGCACAGAGUUUUCACGCCAAACCAGCACAAGAGAUGCUUCACUUGUGAAGUUUUGUCAAGUUUUCCUGAUUGUACCUCUCAUCCAACCUGUUGUUCAGACUUGCCAUCUAGUGUAGCUGUGUGUCUGUUUAGAUGUUGGUGUGAGACAUCAGUUAUCUUUUUUUUUUUUUUUUUUUUCUAUGCAAGAUUUGUGUAUGUACAGCACACUACAUCAGUGAUAACUUUCAGACUCAAGGUGCGAUAUUGUCACAAGAGACUCCCCUCCCUUCCUUUCAUCUGCCAGUUUUUGUGGCUGAUCUGUGUGUGUCGGUGUGGCAUGAAAGUAAUCAGCAACGAUUAUUAUGAGGACCAAGCAAUCGAUCUCUGUGUGAUUUCCUGUGAUUGUGUGUUAUGGGUAUCACGUCGGUUGACUGGUAUAACUCUCAAUUUAUGCUUUGUAUAAAAUGAUUUGAUUGUAAGAAUGUGUCAAAAACUCAGGAGUUUCUGUGAAGCCACACAAAACGAAAUAAAUAUUUCUAAGACUGCAUUUUCUUGAAUGUGAUGGACCUAUAGUGUGGCAAAAACUGCUGAGGGAGGCCACUUUGUUCGGUGCUGAAAAUGCAUGGAAAGGAACUGUAAUGUUGAUACAAAUAUUUUCCUUGAAUCUCAGUUGUUGGCUGUCAUGAAUGUCCUGUAUGAGCUUUUAUAAAUCCUUUGAACAAUGUUGGUCUCCCUUAUAUAAAUCAUCACAUUAUGAUUGUUUUAUUGUAUGGAUAUGCUCAGUGUUUGGUCACUAUAAUGAAAAGAAUUUUUCAAGCA